UCGAUCCCAGGACCCUGGGACCAUGACCUGAGCCGAAGGCAGACGCUUAAUGACUGAGCCACCCAGGCGCUCUAGGAUGGUCAGUUUUAUAUGUGAGGUUUUUUUUUUUUUUUACCAUAUUAAAAAGAUCGUGGUAUGUAACAGAUGUUCAGUAAAUGUCACUUCUCCCUGAGUAAUAGUUCAUGUUGAUUUUGCCACUGUAAUCAAUAAAUAUAUGAACAAAACCCCCUUCUUAACGGCAUCUAGACUAGUGUCUGAGCAGAAGUCUGGGCUCUGCAGUCUAGCUAGACGCACGAAAUUAGCCCUCCUGCCUGCUUUCUCCUCAGGCCCCUGCCCUGUCUCGCGGCCGGUGCCCAUUGGCUUCCUGCCUCACAUGUUUGGGCUUGUAGAGGGGACUAGUUUAUUGAAAUGUUUCUGACUCCUGUUCUAGUUUGAGGUUUUCAAGGGAAGGGAGUGGGAGAGUCUCUUCUCAUCGUCACAAAGCCUGAAACCAGAACCAGAGAGAGUAGCCAGGGCAAAGUCACCGGUGCCACUGUGCAGUGCUCUCCCAGCCGGCCGCAGACAUGACGGAGCGCCUGACAGCCGAGCAGAUCAAGGAGUACAAGGGGGUCUUUGAGAUGUUCGACGAGGAGGGCAACGGGGAGGUGAAGACUGGAGAGCUGGAGCGGCUCAUGAGCCUGCUGGGCAUCAAUCCCACCAAGAGUGAGCUGGCCUCCAUGGCCAAGGACGUGGACAGAGACAACAAAGGAUUCUUCAACUGUGACAGCUUCCUGGCCCUGAUGGGGAUUUACUGGGAGAAGGCCCAGAACCAGGAGGGCGAGCUGAGGGCGGCGUUCCGUGUCUUCGACAAGGAGGGCAAGGGUUACAUCGACUGGGACGCGCUCAAGUACGUGCUCAUGAACGCAGGUGAGCCCCUCAGUGAGGCCGAGGCCGAGCAGAUGAUGAAGGAGGCUGACAAGGACGGGGAUGGGACCAUUGACUACGAGGAGUUUGUGGCCAUGAUGACCGGAGAGUCCUUCAAGCUGGUCCAGUAGGAGCAGGUGCUGUGGCCAUGGGAGGCCUGCCCGAAGAAGGCCACUGCUGGCUGCCGCCCACCCCAUCCGGCCCCACCUCUGGCCAAUAAACA